AUGGCUACAGCUGGUCACACUCCACAGACUCAGCCACAGAUGGCUAUAGCUAGCCACACUCCACAGACCCAGCCACAGAUGGCUACAGCGAGCCACACUCCACAGACCCAGCCACAGAUGGCUACAGCUAGCCACACUCCACAGACCCAGCCACAGAUGGCUACAGCUAGCCACACUCCACAGACUCAGCCACAGAUGGCUACAGCUAGCCACACUCCACAGACUCAGCCACAGAUGGCUACAGCUAGCCACACUCCACAGACCCAGCCACAGAUGGCUACAGCUAGCCACACUCCACAGACCCAGCCACAGAUGGCUACAGCUAGCCACACUCCACAGACCCAGCCACAGAUGGCUACAGCUAGCCACACUCCACAGACCCAGCCACAGAUGGCUACAGCUGGCCAGGCUUUCAUUUAUUUCCUUGACAGGGAGAUGAGCUGGCUCGCAGGCGUGGUGUGGGCGUGUUUGGGCGUGAUGUGGGCGUGUGUGGGCGUGGUGGUGGCUAGUGGUGGGGUACAGAUGUUUCAGGUGGUAGGUGGUGGCCAGUGUGGGGAACCUUACCAAUCCCUAAUUACUGCCUCAGCUGUCACCUGCGCCCUCACCUGUUGUACUAGGAGUGAGUGUGCAGGCUUCCAGACCACCAGCACGAACCAGGCUAGAGUUGUGACAGGUGAGCCAGGAGUCACCUGUGACCUCCUCCAUACAAUCACCUCUCCUGACCUCUCCGAGGGAUACACUUGUUAUGCUAGAGUGGAAUCCAGUGCCAGUAGCACCAUCGCUAACAUCAGUCCUUCCAGUAGCAAGACCAGCAGUGCUACUACCCCUCAAAGCAAGACCAGCGUCGUUACUUCACCGCCAGGAAGUUCGUCCGAGCCUUCAGUAAACACCGCUCUUGCCUCUACAGUUUCUGAAGGCACUACCAACAACAUUCUUCUGCUGAACUCCGCAUCUACAAUCCAGCCGACAAAAUCGACCUCAGCUACAACCCAGUCAACAAACAUGACACAGGCUACAACCCAGUCAGCAAACAUGACACAGGCUACAACCCAGUCAGCAAACAUGACCCAGGCUACAACCCAGUUAACAAACAUGACCCAGGCUACAACCCAGUCAACAAACAUGACACAGGCUACAACCCAGUCAACAAACAUGACCCAGGCUACAACCCAGUCAGCAAACAUGACCCAGGCAACAACCCAGCCAACAAACAAGACCCGAUCCCCAUCCCCAUCCCCAUCCCCAUCCCCAUCCAAGUCAGCAAACAUGACUCCAGCUGCAACCCAAGCCGCAGCCACAAACAAAUCCACGACGGCAGCAAUAACACCACUAACAACCAUAACCACAACCUUAGCAUCCACAACGCACAUCCUCUCCUCUGUUGAAGUCUACUGCUCACCUCUGGGAAGAUGUGGCGUAAACAAGGUUCAAUUUAACAGCUCAGGCAUGAUAGUAAAGCUAUACUCCAUCCAGAGCAGUAAGAGCUUUACAGAGACUACCCCAAGCGUUCUUUCAACCUUCAAUAGCAACUCAGAGGGGUGUCCUGUAGGAAAGGCUAUGGUAGGCUUUGCUAUCGGAGCAAUGAUGGUGAUGCAAGGGGCUUGUGCUACGGUAGUGAACUUCUUAGUGAACUCCUGCAAUAAUGAAAAUAUAGACCAGGGCUCCAACACCAUUUCCUGCUCCUCUGACUCCAUUAUGAUAGGCUUUCAGUGGAACCUACUUACCAAAUCGCGCUCGAUUGUCACCUGCUGUUCCCUGAAUUAG